AUGAACGCGCCUGACAGACGUCCGUCCAAGACGGCGUGGAAGGAUGGCGCAACUGCGCCCUGCUGGAGCCCCAAGAUCGGUGCACUCAUCGAGCACGACCCGAACUGUGGACUCCGCGACGCGACCAAGGACAACCGUUUUGUGUCGCAUAAAGCUGACCAUGACGCCGAAUGUAGAUUCGAGCUCUUCCUCCUCGACGACGGCCAGCAGAAGAUCGAGUACAAAGAGGAGACGCGUAAGUCCACCUACCACCCCGCCCUCCCCUCGGAUACUCAAGCUAAUCCCACAACCCUAGGCGUACCCAACACCGGCAUUUUCACCUUCAACAAAGAGGACCACACGCUCGGCAACCUCAUCUCCCAGCGCCUCCUCAAGUACCCAUACAUCACCUUCUCCGCCUACAAGGUCCCCCAUCCAUUGUUCGCGACCUUUGAGCUCCGUGUCUCGACCGACGGCAGCAUCACACCCAAGGACGCCAUCAUUGCGUGCUGCAGGCAAGUCGUCCAGGACCUCGAAGACCUGAAGCGCAGCUUCCAGACGGAGUGGCUCGGCAAGAAGAUUGUCAGCGAGGGCGAGCAGGAGCGCGUGGCCAGGGAGCAGAACAACUUCUAG